AUGUAUGCUAACGAGGUGCCCUGGAUGAGUAAUCCUCCCAGUGCCUUGUCGUUUUGCUUAUGGGCGGGGAGAUAUGACCUGGCCUGUAAAUUCGUCGGUAUGAUUGCUGAUGACCAAGUCUCUAUUGGCUCUGCUGUGCCAUGGAGUGUCCGCAAGGGCUUGGAUGGCUGCAACCCUACCCAGUCAACAGCUCAUGCGGACAAUGGCGAUGGUGAUACAGAGUCUCUGCUGCAACUGGAUCAAUUAGUGCAUCUCCUGGAAUCACCGGUCUUCACUAGAUUGCGGCUUGAACUACUCCCUAACUCUUAUCUUAUCGAGGCUCCGGAUAGGAUAAAACGGCAGAGUCUGCUCGAUUGCCUCGUAGGUUUGGUAAUGCUCGUCCCACAGAACACUAGAGCCUUUCAGUUGCUCAAGAGGAGGCUCGAUGUAGUUUAUAAAGCAUUCGCUGUCUCGUCCAGUUUGAUUAUCUAA